AUGAAUCUACUUCUACUCCCUACGGAGAUCCUGUUGCUAAUUCUUCGCCUGCUGGGGCCCGCGUUCUUCCGCUGUGAUACUCGACGACUUAUGGUGUCCAAAUGGUGGUAUGACCUCGCCAGGCUGGUCCUCCUUCGAGACCUCGAGUUCUCUGCCAAGUCACUUCCGAAAUUUUUCAGGGCGGACAUGAGUUCUUUGGUUCAUCAACACACAAGAACCGUCAACAUCGCCUUCGAUGGUAUCCAGGAUCGCAAGGCAGUGCUCUCAGCAUCGCCAGAUGUCAGGGAAAAAAUGGUUUCCGACUGGACAACAAAUGUGGCCAAUGACUUGACCUCACUUGCUGCCAUUCUACAAGAUUGCAGAAAUCUGCGCAGUCUUAAAUUGGAACCAAGACCAAACUGGCGUGCCCGGAGUGUGUUCCUGCGGACCUGGUUCUCGUCUGACGCGCUGGUUUCCCUCCUAUCUGUCGCUCACUUAACCUGCCUCGAAUUCGACGCCGUUUGCACAGGGAUCGGUGGCGCAUCCAGCCGCCCCGGGUCUCACAUUUGCGAAGACAUCAGUGCGUUGCUCCCCACGCUUCGACGAUUGCGGUGUCGCAUGAGAAAGAUCUGCCCCAGGAUCCUGAAGCCUGCUGGAGAGGGCACAAUUUCCAGCCUCGAGGAGGUCAUCAUCAACUUGAAUUUAGGAGAUCUUUCUCCCCAUGCCCCGCUUCAGCACUCUUACCGGUGCGGAAUCUUCGUACCCGGCUUAGCUUCAACGUGGAAAGAAGACAUGGAGUCAGCGGCAAAGGAGUUGGCAAAUAGAAUGGCAACGCCGCGGGUUGUAAAGGUCUUGUCACGCUCUGUUCCUGGUCCCCAGAUGGAAUGUUUCGAUGCCAUUGCACAGCGUCGGAUGCUGCUCGCGCCUGAUGCGGCAUGGGAGGCAGAUGGCGAGGAGGUGGUGGAGACGACGGCAGAUGAAGAGUCCUGA